CUGAUUAGCCAUUUGUUAUGUUAUUUGUCAUUGAACAUUUUUUCAUGUGUAUAUUUAUUUUGAAAUAAUAUGAAAAUUUUAGUCACAGGUAGCUUUGGCAUGGUUGGCCAUGCUAUUCAAAUGGUUGUGGAAAAUGAUGAAAAAUUAAAAGCCAAAUAUGAAUGGGUAUUUAUCAGCUCAAAAGAUGGUGAUUUAAAAGAUCCUGUUCAGGCAAAGGCUAUAUUUGAUAAACAUAAACCAAGUCAUGUAAUCCAUUUAGCAGCACGUGUUGGAGGCCUUUUUUCAAAUUUAAGAUAUAAUUUGGAUUUCUUUAGAGAAAAUAUGGCCAUAAAUGAUAAUGUCCUAAAUUUUUCAUUCCAAAACAAUGUCCAAAAAGUUGUAUCUUGUUUAUCAACUUGCAUAUUCCCAGAUAAAACAAGCUAUCCCAUUGACGAAACUAUGAUUCAUAAUGGACCUCCUCAUGUUUCUAACUUUGGAUAUGCAUAUGCUAAACGAAUGAUCGACGUCCUAAAUCAGGGUUAUAAAGUGCAGCACGGAAAAAAUUAUACUUCCAUCAUCCCGACAAACGUAUUUGGACCUCACGAUAAUUUCGAUAUUCAAAAUGGUCACGUUAUUCCUGGAUUGAUGCACAAAACUUAUUUAGCCAAAAAAAAUGGUGAACCAUUGACUGUGUGGGGAAGUGGAGAACCUCUUAGGCAAUUCAUAUAUUCGCUCGAUUUGGCAAAACUCAUUAUUUGGGUCACCUUUAACUACGAACAAACUGAGCCUAUAAUAUUGUCAGUUUCCCCGAAAGAUGAAAUUUCGAUCAAGGAUGCAGUUAAUAUGGUCACCAAAUCCAUGGAUUUUCAAAACAAGAUUAUUUUUGAUACCAGCAAAUCGGAUGGCCAAUACAAAAAAACGGCAAGUAAUCUUAAAUUGAUGAAACUUCUGCCUGAUUUUCAAUUCACUCCUAUCGACAAAGCUAUCAAAGACACGUGUGAUUGGUUUGUUCAAAAUUAUGAAACUGCUCGCAAAUGAAAUUAAAUAAUUGGAUAAAACAUAGUGAUUCGUACAAUUCGAUUCUGAUAAAUUAAUUAGAAUAUAUACACAUCACAAAUUUAACAUUUAUAUAACUGUUCAAGAUUUUGGU